AUGUCGUACGACCAACUCUCGAGCCUCGAAUCGGGCCGCCGCCCCGGCUACAGCGACGAUCCCGGCUUCCAAGAUCUCCAGUACGAGCUCAAGUCUAAGUUGCAGUCCCUUCUGAGCAGUAACCGCAAGCUCGCAAAUGAUGUCAACGUUUUGGGCACCAAGAAGGACACGCCUCGCCUGCGCGAGCGCGUGCACAACAGCAUGGACAAGACGCGCGAGCUGUGCAGGGAGAUUGGCGAUGGCGUCAAGCGGUUACAGACAUGGGACGACCUCUCGAAGCAGCAAAAGUACGAGCAGACCAAGGUUUCUAGCGACUUCCAAGCGGCACUCCAGGAGUUUCAGGACCUGCAGAGAAGAGCCCUCGAGAAGGAGAAGGCUUCCGUCACCGCAGCUCGCGCCGCCCACGAGUCCGAGUCGGGUCAAGCAAGUGGCCAGACCAGCGCCCCCUUGGAGCAGCUGCAACAGCAGCAGCAACUGCCACAGCUGGCCCCGCAAGACGAGGUCGACUUCCAAGAAACUCUCAUCAUCGAACGCGAAGAGGAGAUUCGCAACAUCGAGCAGGGCGUCGGGGACCUGAACGUCUUGUUUCGGCAGGUUGCGCAGAUUGUCGACGAGCAAGACGUCGGGAUCCGAACCAUUGCGGACAACGUGGAAAAUGUUCACGACAACACGCGGCAGGCAGACAUCGAGACGCGGCAGGCCGCGCGAUACCAAAAGGCCGCGCGAAACAAGAGUUGCUGCCUGCUCCUCAUCCUGGCCGUGAUUCUCACCAUUGUGAUUCUGGCCAUCGUCCUCGGCUAA